AUGACCAAGUUCCCGGUCCGCGUCAACGGCUUCUCCGACUUCUGUGACUCGUACAGCCUCGAUCAGAAGGGCGACGUGCUCCAGGUCUCGGGCAACUGCGCGCCCGACCCCAGAGGCGCCCAGAAGAUGGGAGCCGCCUUGUUUGCCUCACACAUAAACAUUGACCAGUGUCUGUACAACGACAAUGGCAACUUGGUCCCGAGGGCGCACGGCGGCGCAUUGAGUAGUUGCAACUGUGAUGUGGGCUUUUACCUGUGUGACACGUGCAACCGCACCAGCCUGCAGUGCUCGUGUCUGAAUGCAAGCGCCACUGACCGAAAGGUCACUCUGAUGGAUAUGAAUGAAUUCCUCGGUAUCGGACUGGACGAACAGGGCCGCUUGGUGCUGUACUGCGAUGGAGUCUACGGAGAUUGGGUCAAUUGCGUGAAGAACGGGGCUGGGACAGAGUGUCCGUCUCUCCUUCGUUAA